UUAAUUACACAAAAGCGUUGUUAGCGCUUAACCCUUACUCAUUAAGCAAGCAAAGAGAGUACUGAGAGAACCAAGACAAUCCAUAACCCAAGUCGCUACGUGCCGUAACUCGUUGCGCGCGCCAGAGUGCUUCUUGUUACGAUUUGCUGUGGUGCUUCACGAAGAAUCGUUCCGAUUGUUUCUCGCUCAUGGAAAGACAGUUAUCGUCUACCCCUGCAACGAAAAAUACGGUCACCGACGGCAAAAUGUAACACGAACGUCCGCGGUUUGCGACCGUCUCACUCCAAAGUGCGAUCUCCGACAAUAUUUCCUACCAGCGACAGUGCGCGCUCUCCCGUAGAGAAAUGUCGGAGGCUCGCUUCUGCAUCGAGUACGCCAAGCGGGGAACUGCGGGGUGCAAGAAGUGCAAGCAGAAGAUCGACAAGGAAGUGCUGCGCAUCGGCAAGAUAGUGCCGAAUCCGUUCACCGACAGCGGCGGAGAGAUGAAGCAGUGGUUUCACGUCGACUGCAUCUUCGAGCAGCUCUCGCGGGCUCGUGCGACCACGAAGAAAAUCGAGGACGCCGGCGACCUUGAGGGAUGGAGCGAGAUCGGCCAGGAGGACCGAAAGGUAGUCCUCAAGCAUAUCGACGAGCUGUCGGAGAAGUUCGGCGCAGGAAGCCCCGGUAAGCGAAAGGGGAACAACGCCGGCGGCGGAGGAACUCCUGCCAAGAAGCAGAAACUGCAGACGACCCUGACUUCUCAGGGGUCGGACGAUACCGAGGAAAAGCUCGAUCUGGAGGAACUGGAAGCGUCGCCACUGACGAGGAAGUCAAGUAAGGACGACGCCUUCAAGGAGUUCCGCAAGCUGUGCGCCGCCAUCGCUGAAGAAUCGACCUACACGGGCAAGACGGCGAUUGUGGCAAAGUUUUUCAAAGGAGGCAGCACGCGCAAAGGUUUCACGGGCGACCUCUGCCUCUGGGUCAAGUUCCUCUUGCCCAUGGUCAACAAGCGCGUCUACAACCUGCAAAGCAAGCAGCUCGUCAAGGUGUUCAGCCGAAUCUUCGGCAAUGGCUGCCAUGAGGAGAUGAUCGAGGACCUGGAACAGGGCGACGUGGCGCGUACCGUCGGCGCGUUCUUCGAGAAGUACGGCUCCCCGGCCGACAAGAGCACGCUGACGAUGCAAGACGUCGACGCCUACCUGGAGCGCCUGUCACGGCUCACCCGCGAAGACGAUCAGGUGCAGCUCCUGAGGCACCUGAGCGCUCGCUGCACUGCGAACGACUUGGUCAUGGUCGUCAGGCUCAUCAAGCACGACAUCCGCAUAAACUCGGGACCCAAGCACAUCCUGGAGGCGCUGCACCCGGACGCGUACCAGGCGUUCCAGGCGUCUCGGAACCUGGAAGACGUCGUGAGGACCUCGAAGGAAGGCAACGUCAGCGUCUCGGCGAGCCUGAUGACGCCGAUGAUACCGAUGCUGGCGGAGCCGUGCGGCUCCGUGGACGACGCCUUCGCCAAGUGCCCGAACGGCUUGUACGCGGAAAUCAAAUACGACGGCGAACGGGUCCAGUUACACAAGAAGGGCUCGGAGUUCUUGUUCUUCAGCAGAAGCCUGAAGCCGGUGUCGGCACACAAGGUCCAACAUCUUAAGGACUUCAUUCCAAAGGCUUUCAAGCAUGGCCAUGACCUGGUCCUCGACAGCGAAAUUCUUAUGGUGGACACACACACGCAGAAGCCACUGCCCUUUGGAACACUAGGAAUCCACAAGCGGGCAGCCUUCAAAGAUGCAUCUGUGUGUCUUUUCGUCUUUGAUUGUCUUCACUACAAUGGCAAAAGCCUACUGGACCGGACACUGCGUGAGCGCAGGGAAAUCCUACAGGCCAACAUGACCCCCAUCAAGAAUCACGUCGUGUUCAGCGAGCAGCAUGUGAUCACGACGCGUGAGAAGUUGCGGGACCUCAUCAAUGAUGUCCUGUCUCAGGGCCUAGAAGGGCUUGUGCUCAAAAACCCUGAUGGCAUUUAUGAACCAGGAAAGCGCCAUUGGCUCAAGGUUAAGAAGGACUACCUUAAGGGUGGUAGCAUGGCGGACUCAGCCGACCUCGCGGUGCUUGGAGCAUACUUUGGCACUGGAAGCAAUGGUGGCAUCAUGUCCAUCUUCCUAAUGGGCUGCUGGAAUCCGGCAACCGGUCGCUGGUGUACAGUCACCAAGGUACACGGCGGCCACGAUGACAAGACGCUGGAGCGGCUCCAGACAGAGCUUGAAAUGAAGAAAAUAUCACGGCAGAUGGAGCGGGUGCCAGCGUGGCUUGAUGUCGAGAAGGUCCUGGUGCCGGAUUUUGUCGCUAAGGACCCGGACACCACUCAGGUCUGGGAGAUCGCCGGCGCCGAGUUCACUCGGGCCGAGGUGCACACCGCAGAUGGCAUCUCCAUCCGCUUCCCCCGAGUCACGCGGAUCCGGACGGACAAGACACCGAAGGAGGCGACGACACUGCCCGAGCUGCGCAAGAUGUUUCAGAACUCCAGGGCAAAGCCGUUUGACCUGGGCCUUGGCGAGGACGAAGACGACGGCGGUGUUGCAAAUGCUUCGUUUACCUCAACAGAUAAGUCUUCCUCGCCAGAGAAAUCCAUUUCCCCAAGAAAAAGCAAUUCUUCAAAAAAGUCUGAUUCUCCAAAACAGACUCCCUUGUCGGUUUCAAAACAACAGCCUUCACCCGCCAGGAAGCGUCAAGCAGAAAGAGCAUCGAAAAAUGACACCAAAUCGGAGGUGUCUACAGGAAUGAAGAAGAAGCUUUGCGACUUUCCUGACGUCUUCACAGGUGUUAGAAUGUGUCUUCCUCAGAGUAGGCUGUUGAGAAGGUACUUCGUUGCCUACGAUGGCACGCUUGCGAAGAGUGAAAGUGACAGUGUGACCCACAUGUUGUCGUCACCGAAUGUGGGUGUUAGACAAUGUGCACGUUUAGUGAAGAUCAUUACCGUAGAUUGGCUCUGGGACAGCAUAAAACAUCAAAAACGUCAGGAUGAAGCGAGGUACUCUGCAUGAAUGCAGUUCUUGUUUUUGAGCCUCUAGCUUCUACUGUUGGAGCUGUGCUCGACAUGUGCAGAGUCUAACUUUGAAGUUCGCAAACUUUCGGUGCUGAACUUUCUGCAUUCUACUAUAUCCUUUAUGAAUGGGGCAGUGGCCUUCAAAGAAGCCUCGCUUAGAAUUUGUACAUUUACAGUGCUGCUGUGUUUGUGCACCAUUGUACUUACGCAGUUUUUCUUGUAGAAUUGCUCUUGGAGUCAUUCUUGCAUUCUUCUGAAUAUCCUUAUUGAUGUCAAGGCGUGUUGUUUUCACUGCUGCCUCUAUCUCAGGAAGCAACUGCUAUAAAGGGCCUAUAAGCCUUCCUUUAUGCUGGGGUUGAAACAGGAGCAAGCUUUAUUAUUGUUAUUAUUAUUAUUAUUAUUAUUAUUAUUAUUAUUAUUAUUACAUGCAGCGCAUGAAUGUUCAUUAUGGCAAGGUUAAGGAGGUGGAAACUAAAAAGGCAUUGAAUGUACAUGUAUUGUAGGGUUCAUCAAAAAACCGAAAUUAUUUAGUAUUUUGGGACUGAUUAUUUCGCUUUUGACACGGAUGCAUUUACCAGGUCAAAUGUACCUAAUGCGUCACACCAUGUGUUUCAUUUUAAAUUGAUACCUUCAAGUCAUGUUGAUUUGAACACUAUGUAAUUAGGUGUCCAUUUUAAAGGCCAGCUGCAAAGAACUUGGGCUAAAUUGGUUAUAGAUGAACUGUUUAUACCAAUGAAGCAAUCAUGGCAAAGUUGCAGGGCUGGUAGUUGUCUAAUUUGCUUAUUAACAGCCUUUAAAUACCGUCUUAACAGAUGCUGCAUGCACCUGAUGAUUAGUGGAUGUGAUGCAACUCACAAAAUUUGGGAUUUGUUUUCACCGCCGUACAUAGUACAGUCGUGACCCUCAAAGGGUUAAGGGUGGACUGUACUGUACAUAAUGUGUGUUGCAUAAAUAAGAGUGCCACAUCUUGCUAAGCAGCAGGGUCAUUCAUACUCAAAUUUUGCACAGAGGUACCAUUUUGAGGCGAGUUCAGCCUAAUAUAUUAUGUUUGUGAGUAUUACUUAUCAGUUUUGAAUAAUCUUCAGAAUAAAUCUAGACAACACCACUCAAGAUGUGUUGAUUUCACUGCAAUGUAAUGGUUGCACCAUCUGUCAUUUUUCUAAUUAACCUUAUGUUUUCUCCUAAGCCAUGACACAUAGUGGCACUAUGGCAUGGCAGUGGAAUCAGAAGCUUUUUGAAUAACAUCACAACAGACACCCACUUCAAACUUAUUGUGGACAAAAUUGAUGAGUAAUAUGUACUCAUAAAAAUGGUAUUAAAUUAAACUCACUUUCACACUGAAAAUUUGCAUACAAAAGGCCUAGCAAUUUAGCAGGAGCACUCCUAUUUAUAUGGCGCAUAGUAUAAAGUGCAUGUAUGCUUGUUAGGGGCGUGUGAAUAUUCAAAACUUUCUAAUAACAAAUUGAAUAGGGUCCUUCUCAAUUCGGUUUUCAGAUCGAAUAGUCACUAUUCGUAAAUGUGAAUAUAUUUCUCAUAAUUUUAGAACAUUUCAAAAUGUCAACUGUGCCCAAAUAAGCAUAAAAUUGGAGCAAAUGUAUGCUACAUUUUCUCUCCCGUGAGCAUACUAUAGACAUGAAACAUGAGAACUUGUGUAGUGGAGCAGGCUACAUCACUUAGGUAGCCAUACUUUACAGGCUGUACAGCGAUCAUUCACACACUCGAAGAACUCUGUAUAUGCGAAGAAACUACUUGUUGGCUUCUGAAGCUCCGUUUGUGCUUUUAAUAAACGAUUUGUCGUAAUGUGCUAUGUAAGGACAGAAACUUGCUAACUUUAAGAAUACUGGGAAGUGAAGAUCAUUUUGCAUCAAUUGUGGUAACAGCUGUUUAUUACUCGAAAAAUGUUUGAAAAGUAUUCAAUAUUUGAUUUGCUUUUGGUACUAGUAUUUGAUUCAUAUUCAAUUCGGUCUCAAAUAUAACUAUUUGCGUACCCCUAAUGCUUGUGUAUCUGUUUGUGCAAGUGUGAAAGGAUGAAAUUGUACUCAUGUUCAGACCUUUCUCUUGCAUUUAGUUCUAAGUUGCACGUUGUGCACUUUUUCAGUCUCCUUUUUUGGCCUUUGUCACUUUGUGCAUCUGCGUCUUGAAGAAGGCAUUUGUUUUAAAACUCAAAGCUCAUUAACUAACGAUACCAUGUCAAUGUGUGUGUUGUCCUGGCACAAAACCUAUUUGGCCAUUACAUAUGACUGAUUUGUUUCUUAGCUGCUGUUGCUGUUUGGAACACAGUGCAAAAUAUAAAUUUAAUGAAAAUGACAGACUUAUGUCAGGCUUAACAUGAUUGUUAAGCAUUGCAUGUCUUCCAAAGUAUGGACAGAUUGAAAUUUUUCGACUGAAUUGUGAAGCUGAGCAUUGAUAGAUGAAAAACAUACUUUGCAAAAUAUAUUUGACAUGUUUGUGCCUUGGUUAUGUAAUCCUCUAGGAUGUUUGGAAAAUGCUUGUUGCUUUUCUUCACAAAGAGGCAUAAGUUACUAAUUAACUUAGGUGACAAACAUAUUAAACAUGUAGAGGUUUUUGUCUGGUCUGGAAGGGUCUCUAAUCUGUUACUGCAGCGUAGUUGUAGUAUUCAGAUAAUGAUACUUUGAUUACAUAAUGUGUAGUGCACCUCUAAACAAACUUAGCAGUAUCUGCAAGAUAUAUAUUUACAUAUGCUAAUACAUUUAUGUGUAUUGCCUACAAAAGGUAUUUUUGCCGUCAAUUAAAUUUUGCUUGCAGUGAUAUUGCACUGUACACCAAUCCAGUACACUAACAUGGCUGGAUGCUCCAAAACAUCUCACAUUUUUUAAAUAUGUUUCUCAUUCGGCUACUCUGUAAUUUCAGUGUUUCUAUACACACAAGUUUGGAGAGUUGACUGUAGAGAACAUGAUAAUUUUGGGGCAUGUGCGGUUAAUAUCAUGAAUAGUAUUUAAAAAAUGGAAAUGAAUGCUUUAAUGAAUGCUUCAUUAAGCAUGCACUUGGAACAAUGUUACCAAAGAAAAGCUGUUGUCUUGUGGGCCUCAUAGAUAAUAAUAUGUACUAAUGCACUAUAUCCCUAGAAAAGUGUCUGACCAAGUUAUAUAAAGUUUGUUAGUGUAUAUUUGUGUCGAUGGUUAAUCUCUAUCUACUAAGUAUGUUUUCUCAAUGCCAUAUUUUAUGGUCUGUGCAUGACUAUUAAAUCUGCUCAGUGUUUUGUUGCAACUGGGCACAGAACAUCUAAAUAAAUGCUUCCAUGUGGUUUUCAAGCAUAU